AUGCCUGGUGAUUAUUUUUUACCAAGCUAUCUUCGUGAUAGUCCUUUAUACAAAAAUAAUAAAAGAUUAUAUUCUCGGGUUCCUUUACCCACUCACUGGAAUGUAGUAGAUAGCUCACCCUCUAUUACAAUUGUUGAUGACGAAAAAUUAACAGUUAAAUAUAAUGGUCCGGGUAGAAAUUGGGUUGACGCUGCUUCAAUCAGAGCAAAUCACCCUAUACAUCCUGAGAUUGGAUUAUAUUAUUAUGAAAUGACUAUUAUAGAUCGCGGUGAUCGAGGAUGUAUUGGAAUUGGCCUAAGUAAGCCAGCUACUCGUCUCAAUAGAAUGCCAGGAUGGGAGCCAGAUACAAUAGGUUAUCAUGGAGAUGAUGGAAAUUUAUAUUGUGAACGUGGAAGUGGUGUAAAAUUCGGUCCACUUUAUACCACGGGUGAAACUGUUGGAUGUGGUAUCAAUUUUUUUGAUAAAUAUGUUUUUUUCACAAAGAAUGGAGUAAUUCUAGGAAUUGAAUUACAAUUGAGUUUUGAAGGUUAUCCAUUUGGUGCACCAACUAAAGAUAAAAUUAUGGGUGAGAUGUAUCCAAUGUGUGGAAUGGAAAGUCCAAAUGAAAGCGUAACUGUUAAUUUUGGUGAAAAACCUUUUAAAUUCAAUAUUGAUUGCUACGCGAAGAAAAUUUUUGAAAAAGCUGAAAAAAAAAUAGAAGAAAAAAAGAAAGCAAUCAAAGCAGCAGCAGAGUCUGCAGCUAAUCCAAUACAAGCCCGUGUAGAGGGCAUAAACACAUCAAACCCAAUAGCUAGCCCUUCUUCUGGUGAAGAAAUAAUAGCUCAUAAUACAAAUUCAGAUGUUGCUCCUGAUCCAGAGACAGCGCCAGUGAUAAGUGCUAUAGCUGAAACACAAAUGAAUGCUAAUGAUACGAACAUUACUGACGCAAUGACAUCUGCAUCGUCUGGUUUAGGAGACAUAGUUAGUUCUAAUGUUCCUGUUGAUCCUACAUACGCCACUACCACCUUAUAA